ACGCAGGUAUCGUUCGCUGGCCGCGCUCCCUCGGGACCGAGGCGACUGCGCAUGCUCGCCGGCGGCGCUGGGCCGGGAGCCGAGCGCCCGUGACGAACCUAGUCCAGGCUUGCUGUGGUUGCGGUGGCUGCGAUGGCGAUGUGAGUGGGCCCCGGGCGGGAUGGUGCUGACCUGGGGAAGGACGCCUUCCAGCCGGACGCAGAACUCCUCCACCGCACAGGCGCGAGCCGAGGCCGCGCGGCUUGAGAGGGUUGAAGACCAACCGGAUUAUGUAUUUCAAUCUGGAAUCUCAAAGCAGUCCACAAACAAUAAAUUCUUCCUUAUGCUUUCUAUGCCAGGGGAAACAAUAUAUUUUUAACAACAAGAAUCAGUAACUGGAAGUACAAGAUUGGUUAUUUAAUAAUGUAAAAUGAAGAUUUGAUCAGCAGAGGUGCUGUUGCCAAAUCUGUCCUCUGGGUAUAAAUUAAACAUGACUGAAGUUCAAGCAAUGGUAGAAUUCUCCGUGGAGCUAAACAAGUUCUACAACGUGGAUUUAUUCCAAAGAGGUUUUUACCAAAUUCGUGCAUCAAUGAAAAUCCCACUGAGAAUUCCCCACAGAGUAGAAGCCAGCUUGUUACAUGCAACAGGUAUGACAUUAGCCUUUCCAGCUUCAGUUCAUGAUGCUAUGGUUUGCAGUAAAACAUUUCAGAUCCUAUAUAAAAAUGAAGAAGUUGUUUUAAAUGAUGUCAUGAUCUUCAAAGUUAAAAUGUUGUUGGAUGAAAGAAAGAUUGAAGAAACCCUUGAAGAAAUAAAUUUUCCGUUAUCCUUGGAUCUACAUUUUACAGAUGGAGAUUAUUCGGCAGAUGAUCUGAACGCCUUACAACUAAUAAGUAGUCGAACAUUGAAGCUGCACUAUAGCCUCUCUAGAGGACUGCAUCAUCAUGUGAAUGUCAUGUUUGAUUAUUUCCACCUCUCCGUUGUGUCCGUUACAGUCCAUGCAUCCUUGGUUGCACUACACCAGCCACUAAUAAGCUUUCCUCGCCCCGUGAAGACUACUUGGUUGAAUAGAAAUGCACCAGCACAAAACAAAGACUCAGCGAUUCCUACUCUGGAAAGUGUAGUCUUUGGUGUUAACUACACAAAACAGUUGUCGCCAGAUGGUUGUAGCUUCCUCAUUGCAGAACCCUUCCUACAUCAUGCCUAUCACUUUCAUUAUACACUUUGUGCCACUUUGCUGCUAGCCUUCAAGGGAUUGCACAGCUACUUCAUUACGGUAACAGAAGAGAUUCCCUCUUGUCAGAAACUAGAACUGGCCAAGGCCAGCAUGCAGGUCCUCUAUGAGCGCCUCCUCAGAAGAGCACAGCCAAGAGCCCAGAACGACACGCAUGUAGAGGAAAUGGAUGUAGAAGCUCGUCUUACUGAACUCUGUGAAGAAGUUAAGAAAGUAGAAAACCCUGAUGAACUGGCAGAACUGAUCAACAUGAACCUUGCACAACUUUGCUCACUUCUCAUGGCUUUAUGGGGACAGUUUCUGGAAGUCAUAACACUGCAUGAAGAAUUAAGAGUACUGUUAGCACAAGAACACCAUACCCUGAGGGUUCGCAGAUUUUCGGAGGCAUUCUUUUGUUUUGAACAUCCAAGAGAAGCUGCCAUUGCAUACCAAGAACUUCAUGCUCAGAGUCAUCUACAGAUGUGCACCGCUAUCAAAAAUACUUCCUUCUGCAGUUCUCUUCCACCCCUACCUAUUGAAUGUAGUGAAUUAGAUGGAGAUCUCAAUUCAUUACCUAUAAUCUUUGAAGAUAGGUAUUUAGAUUCAGUUAUUGAAGACUUAGAUGCGCCCUGGAUGGGAAUUCAGAGUCUUCAGAUAACAGAGGCCAGUAGAAUGGAUAAACAUGAGACUGAAGAGAGCUCUGUAGCAGGACUUUCUAGCCCAGAGGUGAAGGUCAGACCUGCUGUUGCCUCCAGUAUUUGCUAUACAGAAGGUGAAAAGCAGCUAACAAAAUCUCUAAAAGGAAAGAAUGAAGAAGCAAAUAAAUCCAAGGUUAAGGUCACUAAGCUCAUGAAAACAAUGAAACCAGAAAACACAAAAAAGUUAAUAAAACAGAACUCUAAAGAUUCUGUGGUUUUAGUAAGCUACAAAUGUUUGAAAAAUAUGACAUCAAGUGACCUCACUAAAUGCUUUGAAGGCAAUCCUUCACAUAGUCAGGAAGAAGGUCUGGAUCCCACAAUAUGUGGAUAUAAUUUUGACCCAAAUACCUACAUCAGACAGACAAGUCAAAAGGAAGCUAGCUCUUUGCCAGCUAAUACAGACAGAACUGAACACGAGUCUCCAGAUAAUGAAAGUAUGCAACCAGACCAGUUCGAUCUUCUGAACUCUGGCAGCCUAAAUCUUUGUGCAAAUUUGUCCAUUUCAGGUAAUUUUGGUAUCUCCCAAGACGAUAGUGAUAUGUCACAUGCGGAACACAAUCUGGCAUUUAGAAGUUCAUCAGGUGAUUGCCAUGACUCUCAGACAAUUCCAUCUUCAGGAGUUAGAACACUUGAAGUCAAGCCCAGCAGUAAAGAGCCUUUCAGUGGAGAGAAAAUAACUGUUAAAAUAGGAGCUUGGGCAGAGCUUCGAGAAGAUGAACUAUUUGCAGAUAAUUUACUACACAAUUGUGAGUCCUCAGAAUCUAAUGGUAAAUCCAAGUCAUUAGAAAUUACCCCUGGAAAGGAUGCUUUACAGGAAAUGAAGUCUCACUCUACUGAAGAAUCAUUAACCAAAUUGAGAAGUCAUCUGCCUGCUUCUACAAAAGAAUAUCAUGUUGUAGUAAGUGGUGACUCAGUUAAGUUACCAGACACUAAUGCCACAUAUGCUUCCUCUAGAUUUUCAGACUCGGGUGUUGAAAGUGAACCAAGUUCUUUUGCAACACAUCCAAAUCCAGAAAUACCCUUUGAAACUCUCCAAGGGCCAGGUCCUUAUAAUAAUGAAAGAUUAUUUCCUCAGCUUUUGAUGAAGCCUGAUCACAAUGUCAAAUUUUCACUAGGAAGUCACUGCACUGAGAGCACAAGUGCUUUAAGUGAAAUACAGUCAUCUUUGACAUCGAUAAACUCCCUACCUUCUGAUGAUGAAUUGUCACCUGAUGAUACCUGUAAGAAAUCUGCUGUACCUGAGUGUCAUCUAAGUGAUAGUAAAACUGUAUUAAAUCUAGAAACAAUGGAUCUGCCAAAGUGUGAUGAUUCUAAAAAGUCAAGUAUUCUUUUGCAGCAGCAAUGUGUUGUAUUUUCAGAGCAUUUGGACAAUGAAACUUUAGCAAUGCAUUCCUUAAAUCCAAGUAGUAAAGACCCUUUACAACUUGUUUUCUCAGGUAAAGAUACUGCCAGUGAUGUGAAAAGUAGUUGUGACUCCAAACCUAAUUUGGAUACUGUGCUUAAAGGCUCCCCGAGUCAUGAUACAUCUGAUAACAACUCUGCAGAAACAGCAACAACACUAAGCUCAAAGCUGAUUUGCUUAGGCACUCCUUGUGUUGUUUCAGGUUCCGUUUCUACUAGCGCGGAGCUUAAUGAAGAUAGGACUGUAGGAAGGAAACAUAGUGAGCCAUUAAAUCACACGCAAAUACAUUCAGAAAUCCCUGUUACUGAAAAUGACCCUCAUCUGAGUCCAGAUGACUCUGUUUCCAGUAGUACUGAUGUGGUAAAACAAGGGCUUGUGGAAAAUUAUUUUGGAUCUCAGAGUAAUCCUGAUAUUUCUGACACAUGUGCUAUUAGCUACCACAGCUCAGUUAGCUCUCAGAAGGAAACCUGUGAAAAAGGAAUUAGUGAUCUUCAGCAGGAACAAGGCAAAGAAGAAGAGGAGGAAGAGGAGCAGGAUCAACAAAUGAUUCAGAAUGGGUAUUAUGAAGAAGCAGAUUUCUCAGCUGCAGACGGAACAGUAAGUGUUCACUAUGCAGGUGGAGAUGUGCUAGGAGAAGAGAGACACACACAGUCCGAGAGAGUAAGCAGUGAAUAUCUGAGGGCUGCUGUACCUGUUCCUGCUGUUUGUACUUCUGGUUGUUUGUCUUUCCCGUCUGCUCCACGAGAGUCUCCUUGUGGUGGUAAAUAUCCUCCUAGAAGUAAAUUUGAUGCCAUUACAAAGCAGCCAAGCAGCAUUUCUUGCAACUUUACUUCUUCAACUUCCUGGUAUGAAAAUUCACCAAAACCUCAAAUACAUGCCUUCCUUCAGGCAAAGGAAGAAUUGAAGCAACUUAAGCUGCCUGGGUUCAUGUACAGUGAUGUUCCUCUGCUGGCACCCUCAGCGCCUUACUUCAGUAUGGAAGAGGAGGAUGGUUCUGAGGACGGUGUGCAUCUUAUAGUCUGUGUUCAUGGUUUAGAUGGAAACAGUGCCGAUCUCCGACUGGUAAAAACAUACAUUGAACUUGGACUGCCUGGAGGAAGAGUUGAUUUUCUUAUGUCUGAGAGAAACCAGAAUGACACUUUUGCUGAUUUUGACUGCAUGACUGAUCGCCUUUUGGACGAGAUCAUACAGUAUAUUCAGAUAUAUAGUUUAACAGUCUCAAAAAUAAGCUUUAUUGGACAUUCAUUGGGCAACUUAAUAAUCCGUUCAGUACUUACAAGGCCAAGGUUUAAAUAUUACCUCAGCAAACUUCAUACUUUUCUCUCUCUUUCUGGGCCUCACCUUGGCACACUCUACAACAGCAGUGCUCUCGUUAAUACAGGUCUCUGGUUUAUGCAGAAAUGGAAGAAAUCAGGCUCUCUUUUACAACUGACAUGCCGAGAUCAUUCAGACCCUCGCCAAACAUUUUUAUAUAAGCUUAGUAAUAAAGCAGGGCUUCAUUAUUUCAAGAAUGUUGUGCUGGUAGGAUCUCUACAGGAUCGCUAUGUUCCUUACCAUUCUGCCCGCAUUGAAAUGUGUAAAACAGCUUUAAAAGACAAGCAGUCAGGACAGAUCUAUUCAGAAAUGAUCCACAACUUACUUCGCCCAGUUCUACAAAGCAAAGGCUGUAAUUUGGUUCGAUACAACGUCAUUAACGCCCUGCCCAACACGGCCGAUUCGCUCAUCGGGAGAGCUGCACACAUAGCUGUUCUUGACUCGGAAAUAUUUUUAGAGAAGUUUUUUCUGGUUGCUGCCCUCAAAUAUUUCCAGUAGGACAGAAGCAUCAUUAGAGACUUACCAAUUACCUCAUUCAGCAACGAUUUAAAUAAUGUAUUAUAGUGUGUAGAUGUUAAGUUCUAAGACAUAUUUAUACCUUUUUAUAUGGAAGAUAAUUUAUAUCAUCCAUGUGUAGAGCCUUUUAAACAUCAACUUUACUUUUAGGUAAUGUGGCUGUGCAAUAUUUUUUUAAUUUUAUCUUUUUACUUUUCUAUUUUUCAUAUGUUUUGCUACCUAAGUAUUUCAGUGAAACUUGGAGCCCAUAUGUAUGUCUGAUCAUUUAUUAUUGGCUUCCACAAUCCUUAUUCAGACUAUAUCACGUUAAAGGCUGUUAUUGUUAGGAUAGUAUAGGAUUUUUAAUUUUCUAAUUUGGGGCUUUUAGUGGACAAUAAAUUUUACUUUUAACACUUUAUUCUGUUGUAACUGGAAAUAAAAUGGCUGCUAAAAUGUAUUUUUGAAAUCAACCUCUUUAAUCCUAAAAUACUAACUUUACAUUUGCUCAAACCAGGUGGUUCAUACAUGCCAAUGUUUUAAAGGUUUUCUAUGAAAUCAUUAUUGUUGCUAUUAAACAUGUGUCAUGCUUAUUAAAAUAUAUUUUUACUGGUCAUUUCAACAUUAUUUCUCAUACUGACUUUUAUCCCUGGACUUUUCUUGUUCAUUAGGAGCGUAUAAAGAUUUUUGAAUGCCCUCUGCCUUGAUUUGAUUGGAAUUUUGUUAAAUUUAGUAAUGUUGCUUGAAUUUCUCACAGCAGUUCUUUAACCCUUUUCAUAGAGUUCCUUCUAUGUAAUAAUUAAAUGUUGAGAUUUAUGAAAUACUUUUAUGAAUUUAGAUAAUUUUUAAAUACUAUUAAAAUUUAUUGAGCUAAGAGUCAUGUAAAUAGAGUUAAAAUUGAGAGAUGAUUAACUUUACAUGUUUGGUGAUACCAAUGCAGAUGUUUUUGAUAUAUGGAGAUGUUGAGUCUUUUGACUUUACAAACGGUGCUGAACAGCAUUCAAUUCACUACCCACUUCUGUUUUACUUGUGAAAAUAAUAAUGUGCUACGGGUGGAUGGAAGGUCUGUUUACAUUCACCACUUGUAGUGGGCAACGGUUUUUGUUAAGUCUGUAUUAUGUAUAAUUGGUGCAUGUUUAUUUUUAGUAUGUUAAUUGCCUCUGAUGUUAAUAAAUGAGAAAAUGCCUUUCUGGAGGAAUAGCAGUAA